AACCAUUCCAAAUUCUUUGCUUUCUGCCGUCGCCAUUUUGCAUUGACUAAACGUUUUGCGUUGCUACACAUUUGUAGAUUAUGACAAAAAUUGUAUUUAUUAUAAAAUAAAACGGUGAUAACUAGGAGUUAUAGUAGUUAAUUGUAGAUGAGUAUUGUUUGUAGACUUUUGUAAGGUUGUGUUUAUAUUAGUUUGAUAAUGGGCAGAAAGAAGAAGAAGGCAUCCAAACCAUGGUGCUGGUAUUGUAAUAGGGAAUUUGACGAUGAAAAGAUUCUAAUACAGCAUCAAAAAGCUAAGCAUUUUAAGUGCCACAUCUGCCACAAGAAAUUGUACACUGGCCCCGGACUAUCGAUUCACUGCAUGCAGGUUCACAAAGAAGCCAUAGACAAAGUUCCAAACUCAUUACCAAAUAGGUCAAAUAUAGAGAUAGAAAUAUAUGGAAUGGAAGGUAUACCCUCUGAAGAUGUGAAGGAGCAUGAGAAACAAAAGACAGGUGGGGGGAAAGGUUCAGACAGUGAUGAUGACGAGCCAGCAGCUAAGAAAAGAGCUACUCCCGCAUUGCUUGGUCCAGGUCCAUCGACAGUGUCUCCAGGUAUUUUGCCAACACCAAUGGGGCCAGUUCCACCGGGCAUGUAUCCUGGACACAUGCAGAUGAAUCAGCACAUGAUGCAGCACUUUAUGCAAGCACCUAGAAUGAUGAUGCCCGGAAUGAGGCCACUAUUCCCAGCUGCAAGUGUUUCAAGUUCAACGCCUAGCAAACCUACGUUCCCUGCUUAUAGUAAUGCGACAAUUAGCGCACCACCAACGACGUCGUCCGCGGCGUCAUCAGACCUCAAAGAAAACGGUGAAGUUAAGCCACCGGUAGCUCAUUCCUGCCCCCUGGUCACCGCCACUGGGGCAGGCUCCAAGAUCAUACACCCUCCUGAAGAUGUUUCAUUGGAGGAGAUAAGAGCACGAAACUCAAAAUAUCGACCAAAACCUAAGCCAGAUGCCCCCACCAGUCAUCAGUCAUCAGUGGCACCUACCAUGAUCACACCUAGCACAAGUCAAGCCGAGCAGGCGGUGAUGUACGCGCAGGUGGCCGCGCACAUGUCCGCGGCGGUGGCGGCGGCGCGGCACCAGCAGGCGGCGGCGCAGGCGGCGGCGAUGCGCCGGCCCAUGAUGCCGGGCAUGGUGCUGCCGCAGAUGCGCGUGGGCGUGCCCGUGUCCGUGCCGCCCGUCAUGGGCAUGCUGCCCGUCAUGCCGCAGUUCAACCUCGUGCGCCCGCUGCAGCCCGGGAUGCUGCUGCCGGGCGGCGUGAUGCCGAUGGGCAUGUUCCCGGGCAGCAUGGGCGGCAUGGGCAGCAUGGGCGGCAUGGGCGGCAUGGGCAGCAUGGGCGGCAUGAUGAUGCAGCCGCGCUACCGGUAGCCUCCGUCCAGGUAAGCGCGGGGCCCGGGCCGGCAGUUCCCUGCGAGGCAGGCGAGGGCGCGCGCCGUCACAACGAGCGUUGUUGGAUUGGCGGCCCCCGCUCCGCGAGCAGUUCCGUUCCGACGUGUGCGAUGACAACCACGAGUUCGUGUAAAUUAUAUUGCCUUGAAACUUUUUUCUUAAGCGUUUCCACGUGAAAGUUGUGACGUUUGCCUAUUCUUUGUAGAAUUUUGACCGUUUUACUCAAUAAAUGCUCUCGACCUGAA